AUGGAAGAAAUUAUUAUUUAUCAUGAAAACGAUGUUCAGGAGGCCAGCGCGAUCGUUAAAACUGUAGACUAUGUGGUCUGGACAACCAAUCAGACUAAAGUUUUAAUAUAUUUGUAUAGGAAAUAUAAACCAAAGGUUGGAACUCUCCAAAUAAGAAAUUUGAAGAAAUUAUGGGAGCUAAUAGCCAACGAAAUCAAUAAAAAUUUACUUUUAAAUGUAUCCCCAUCGCAUUCCGAGAAUAAAUGGCGCGUAUUAGAAAGGGGAUAUAAAAAGUUUAUAGACAAUCAAAAUAAAACAGGUAGAGGUCGGAAAUUUUUCGAGUUCAAGGAUGAAAUAGACAGCAUAUUUAAAAAAAGAGGAAAUGUUCAUCCCGAAAUUCUUGCAUCUACUUCAAAAGUUAUUAAAAGAAGACUGGAACUGAAAAAGUGGAGAAUACUGAGAGUUCAGUGCCAGUAA